UUGCCGAUUUACUUAUUGAUUAUGAUUAUAUCACUUCAUAAAAAGUUGUCAAGAGUGUGAUGUCCUGAUUUAAUAUUUAUCGUUGAAAUUUUUAUUAGAUUUGGAUGUGAUUUUAAAGUAUAUUUGUUGCCAUGUCAAAAUUUAGAAAACUAAACAAUGGUAAUACGAUUCCUACUAUUGGAUUGGGAACCUAUAAGUCGAAACCAGGUGAAGUUGAAGAAGCAGUUAAAUAUGCAAUAGAUAUUGGGUAUCGUCAUUUUGAUUGUGCCUGGUUUUAUGCAAAUGAAAAAGAAGUUGGAGAUGCACUACAGGCAAAACUUCAUGAGGGAGUUGUCAAAAGAGAAGAAUUGUUUGUAGUAACGAAGCUCUGGAAUAAUUUUCAUGAAAAGAAAAAUGUUGUACCAAUGUUGAGGGAAUCAUUAAAAUCUUUACAAUUGGAAUAUGUAGAUCUAUUUCUAAUUCAUUGGCCAUUUGGAUUUAAAGAGACUGCUGAUGGCCUUCCUACAGAUGGUACUGCAUCCUACAGUGAUGUAGAUUAUCUUGAAACUUGGGAGGGAAUGGAAGAAUGUGUAAAAUCAGGUUUAACAAAAAGUAUUGGUAUCAGUAAUUUUAAUAAAGAGCAAGUUGCGAGGUUAGUCAACAACUGCAGGAUUAAACCAGUUGUGAAUCAAGUAGAAGUUAAUCCAAAUAUCAAUCAAAAAGAAUUAAUACAAUUCUGUAAGGAAAGGGACAUAGUAGUUGUUGGUUUCUGCCCUUUGGGACGUAGUACCCAGAGUACUACAAUAUCGACCUAUCCACGAUCUACGAUAUUGGAUCCAAAAGUUAUAGAGGUGGCAAAGAAAUACAAUAAAACCCCUGCACAGGUCAUAUUACGAUAUCUGGUAUCAUUAGGAAUUUGUGUAAUUCCAAAGUCUGUAACAAAGUCAAGAAUUUUGGAAAACUUUGAUAUAUUUGAUUUUGAAUUAGAGCAGAAGGAUGUAGCAUAUCUGGAUUCUUGUAACACAAAUCAGAGAGUCUCACCAAUGUCGGCGUAUAAAGACCACAAGUAUUAUCCUUUUUAGUUCAAAUUUGAUAUUUUUCUAUACUAUAUUGUAAUAAUAAUUACUCAAUUUACAAUGAAACAUAUUCAACAUAAAAAGUGCAUUUUGUACAAAUAUAAAAAUAUAUAUUAAUAAUGUGUAAAA